AUGCCCCCUCAGCCUCCCGCGCUCCUCGACGACGACGACUGGCUCGCUCCUCCGCUCGAGGCGGCGCUGGGCGAGGUCUUCUGCCGCUUCGACGCCGACGCGGAUGGCGCCUGGUCGACGGCAGAGCUGCAGUCGUUUGCGCGCACGUGCAACGGCGGCGAUGAGUUCGGUGAGGCGGAGCUGUCGCAGGUGGGCGAGUUCACCACGGACGGGCACGGCCGCCUCACGCGCCGCGGCUUUCUCGAGAUGAUGCACCUGCAGACGAUGGCGCGGCCGGAGGACACUUGGGCGGACCUGCGCGCGCUCGGGUACGACUCGUCGCUCUCGCCAAAGGGCGUGCCCGGCUCGAGCGGCGCCGAGGCGGCGCCGUCGGAGAAGCCAGAGUCGGUGGCAGCGGCGCGGGGCAGUAGAAGCUGA